GUGUCGACGUUUCUGAUAUCCAUUCUUCUUAUAGUCUACGGCAGUUUCAGGUCUCUUAACAUGGACUUUGAAAACCAGGAUAAGGAGAAAGACAGCAACAGCUCUUCUGGCUCUUUCAAUGGCAACAGCACCAAUAACAGUAUCCAGACAAUUGACUCCACCCAGGCUCUGUUCCUUCCCAUUGGAGCAUCCGUCUCUCUCCUAGUAAUGUUCUUCUUCUUUGACUCAGUUCAAGUAGUUUUCACGAUAUGUACAGCAGUUCUUGCAACAAUAGCUUUUGCUUUUCUUCUUCUCCCGAUGUGCCAGUAUUUAACAAGACCCUGCUCACCUCAGAACAAAAUCUCCUUCGGUUGCUGUGGACGCUUCACAGCUGCUGAGUUACUGUCCUUCUCGCUGUCGGUUAUGCUCGUCCUCAUCUGGGUCCUCACUGGACACUGGCUUCUCAUGGACGCUCUGGCCAUGGGUCUCUGUGUCGCCAUGAUCGCCUUCGUCCGCCUGCCUAGCCUCAAGGUGUCCUGCCUGCUUCUCUCAGGGCUUCUCAUCUACGAUGUCUUCUGGGUGUUUUUCUCAGCCUACAUCUUCAAUAGCAAUGUCAUGGUGAAAGUGGCCACACAGCCAGCUGACAAUCCCCUCGAUGUUCUGUCCCGGAAGCUCCACCUGGGACCCAACGUGGGACGUGAUGUUCCUCGCCUGUCUUUGCCUGGAAAGUUGGUCUUCCCAAGCUCCACUGGAAGUCACUUCUCCAUGCUGGGCAUUGGGGACAUCGUGAUGCCUGGCCUCCUGUUAUGCUUUGUCCUCCGCUAUGACAACUACAAGAAACAAGCCAGUGGCGACUCAUGUGGGGCCCCUGGCCCCGCUAACAUCUCUGGGCGCAUGCAGAAGGUCUCCUACUUCCACUGCACCCUCAUCGGGUACUUUGUAGGUCUGCUCACUGCAACUGUGGCGUCUCGCAUCCACCGAGCUGCCCAGCCUGCCCUCCUCUACUUGGUGCCAUUUACCUUGCUGCCCCUCCUCACCAUGGCCUACUUGAAGGGUGACUUACGAAGGAUGUGGUCUGAGCCAUUCCACUCCAAGUCCAGCAGCUCGCGAUUCCUAGAGGUAUGAAGGACUGCGUGGGAAGUGACCAGAGUGCUCUAUUGCCUUCUCUCUCACCGCGUGGUUUUGUUUUCUCUAAACGCUGGCCUGGUACUCAGAGGCAUGCCUGUUCACGGAACUGCAGUGUGACUGGAGUUCGCGUCUGAGGGAAAGCCUUCGAGGAGGGUGCUGGAGCCCUGCGGAGCCUUCUCCUCCUCGCUCGGAGAGUGGACCCUCCCAGAAGGGACAGGCCCUCCCGCCGCUUUUCCUCCUGUUUUCAUGGAUCUGCACCGACUGUUACCUUGCAGGGAGAUGGAGAGCUGACGUAAAACUACAAACAGCAAGGAGUCGUUCUAGAACUUUGAACACUAAAAGGAUGAAAAAAAUUAACAAACCGAAGUUUCUUCAGUGAACCCUCCAAAACUUUGGGACCAGCGUCCUGUGGGGGACUUCAGAGACUCAGGACAGACUUUCUGUCCAUCUUUUCUUCUUUUGGAUCUAUUAAAUAUUUUCUGUGGUGUGAAGUGACUUAUUAAAUCCACAGACACUGAGUGACUUCUUACAACAUACACAUAAGAAUUUGUUGUAAUGACUGUGUCCAGCUGUGUUGGCAGUGAGCAAGGACAUGGUUUUAUACAUACGUACAUAUAUAUAUAUAUAUAU